AUGGACCAGGACAAGGUGUCAACCCUUACAAGACAUCCACACUUGAGAUUUGCUUGCAUGCAAGAUGAGGCAAAUCCUGAGUGUAAAGUUGUAAAUAGCAAAGUGUUUAUUGACAAAGACUGGGCGUUGUUUCGUUUAAUAAUGGAGUAUUUGAGAACUGGCCGAGUCACUUUAUCAGGUGAAUCUGAGACCGAUGGACUGCUGUGUGAGGCUGAAUUUUACAACAUCAGCGCUCUUUCUGAUUUUCUGCGCAGCAACAACUGCUAUACGAAGAGCGAAAUCUUUGAGCUCGGCUUUGUCAUUUAAGAUGCUCAAAGUUUUCUAAUGGUAUUCAGUUCCAAGAGCACAACCCUUGCUGCACUGGCCUCAAGGAUACUAGUGUUCGCUAAAGAACCCGCAAAUCUUACUCAGAAUUUGACGGAGCAUCUUCCACUGCAUUGACCCUCACACCAUGAUCUCGUUUUUCAGUACGGUGCUGACUGCUCUGAGGGAAAGUUGUCUGCAAGAUGUGUCGCUUUACAGCCAGAUGCAAGAAAACUCCUCAUUGCCACAAAUGUUCUUGGCCUGAUGAUUACGGGAGAACGCCGUCGCCAAAUCAGCAUCCACACAGAAAAAAUUGAGUGUUAUACUUUUGAGAGAAGGAGGGGGGGACAUAUUCUUAUCAUUAAUAAACCCUAAAAAGCACCUUUAUCAAAAAAGACAGAGAAAUAUAUAAAACAAAGGACAGAUCUUAGAAAUGAUCAAUCAACCAUUAGGGAAAAGUAAAAAAAUAAAUAAAAAAUCUGAGAACCGGAGGCACUUUGAGGUUUUCCAGAAGAUGGCGAUGCUGUGUUAUAUAGGCCAUGAUGCAUUUGUGAAAAAGUAUAUAUUUUAUUAUUUGUAACAAUAAAACCAUGUGUUAAACAAUGAUUAGUAAUGUAUAUCUAAAACGUUUUUGAGUUGUCAUUUGCUUAGAAAGCCUGAUCAUUUGUUGUAAAUUUUACUAGUUUUAUUACCAUUAUAUUAUUACCCACUAUUUGCACAACCAGAAAAGCCAUUAACGUUGAAGUCUUGAAAUGUAGUCAUCUGUUAAUCUGCAGUAUAGCAGGUCGCUAUAUAUAUAUAUAUAUAUAUAUAUAUAUAUAUAUACACACACAGUAACAGCCUAGCUGUACUGUAUAAUAUCUCAAAUUAAUAUCUGCUCGGAUAAGACAUCCAAUUAAAAACAAGUUCAUCUCUUUUUGGAUGGCAUUUUAUUUUCUUGCACAAUAAAUCAUCUGUACAAAAAUUACACAGCAAGUUAGUCAUUAAAAUAUGAGAUUCAUUUGUGCCACAUGCAGAGGUUAUGGCCUUUAACAUGUAUGUAUACACAUGCACUUCUAAUCUAUUCUGAA